AUGUCGACCACACACCUCACAAUCCACGACCUCCUCCGCAUAACAUAUACCUACGAAAUGCGCGCCCUCGAAGCACAAUCACACAUGCAACCUCGACCGCGCUCGGAUUCAGCUUGCUCGAUGCCAGAAACGUGUGCCCAUCUCUCACCACCCACUCCCUCCAGCCCAGAACACGCCAUCCUCGAAACCGACUUCACAGAAAAGUACUGUCGCAAAAGCCGUCGGGCUUGA